GAUCGACACUCACUAGCUGAAACCCUGCCAAUCACUUCCUCCUCGGCUGCCCCGUAUUUCCACAACUGGAGCUGCUAUUUCUAUCAUCCGGCAUCCGCAUGUCUCACUCCAACACCUCCAUCAUCAUGCACGCUUCAGCUUGCUGUCGGCCUUAUAACCCCAGGCUACUCCGGGUGGGAGUUGUCCUCUUCAUGCUCCUUCCCUCAUAACAGCAAUUCCAUCUCCAUCUUUCUCCAUCACUUUCAUACCCAUCUCCAUCAUGAAAUUCACUGUCGCCGCUGUCGCUGCCUUCGCUGCUGGAGCACUGGCUCAGAAUGUCCAGAUCGCCUCCCCCAAGGCCGGCCAGACGGUCCAGGCGGGACAGAAGGUGAUUGUUCAGAUUGAGCGUCCCACUCCCCCCACCAACGUCGAGGAGAUGGCCAUCGCCAUCGGCCUGCAGUCCUGCGCCUCGGCUACCUGCUACCCGGCCUCGGAAGUCCUGGGCCAGGUCCUGUACAAUGGCGCGUUUGACCCCGAGUACCACGAGUGGUACUUGCCCCAGUAUCAAAACUUCACCGUGACCAUUCCCGAGGGCACGGCUUCGGGCAAGGCGGUGCUGGGUGUUGCUCAUGCUUCCCUGAUUGGAGCUUCGUUUGAGCCCUACCUCCAGACCCUGAGUCAGAACAUCACGAUCGCAUAGGUUGGUGCAGUGGAGGUAUAGGCAGGCUCAAGGGAGAUCGCCUG